AUGGCGGGAACCUCGGAUCGUCCUCACAUUCUCACCUCACUGGGCCAUCAACAAGACCCUUCACGGCCCAAGCCCGUGUCGGCCUCAACUCUUGCGAGCAUUGAGAAGCAGCGGCGCGAUUUUGUGAGAGGCCUGGGGCCGUGUCGGAGUGGAUGUGACGAUCUGGACGAUUAUGUUCUUCUUUCUGGCGGCUUUGAGCGAGGGAGCGUUGUGGGGAUAAGCGCAGAGGAUGAAGAUGGAGUGGGCCUGGGGCUCCAAGUGUUGGCAUGUUCUCUCCUCGACAAGGCCGUUCAAAAAGUUCAGGUCAUUACACCCAAACCGCCGAGCACCAUCGUCGUCUUGCUGAAAAACGCCAUCACGGCCGAGCUCAAGGCAAAAAAUGUCUCGGCCGCCGAUGAAAUUGCGGCCCGGAGGAAAGACUGUCUGGAUCGCAUCAUGCUGUCGCGCGUCUUCGAUAUGGAUGGCCUGGAUGAGGUGUUGGCGGAUUUGGACGCCACGACUGCUGCCUCUGGAGAUGCAAAAACAGAGCCGGACACCCACAACGCUGCCAAAAUCCAAAUCGACGAAAACGACGCCAAAGCCACUCCUCCCGACAUCCUCCUCAUAACCCACUUCUCCUCCCUCCUUACCAGCUUCUUCACCCAGCGCGACAAACCAGCCGCCCACGCCGCUCUUCGUCUCCUAGCCACCCGCCUCCGCCGUCUCUCCAGAACUCUCCCCUCAAACCCCCUCGUCAUCCUCAUCAACUCCACAGAUUCCGGCGCCCACGCCUCAGAAUCUCACAGCCAUGAGAACCUAAACCUGAACCUGAACUCGACCCUGCAGUUACCAGAGCAACAGUCCGCCGCUGCUUCAUCAUCGUCGUCGUCGUCCACCGCCUACAAAUCGGCUUCUUCUACCGACCCGACUCUGCGGUCCAUCUUCAGCCCCGCCCAGGCCAGCGCAUCUUACAAGGCGAACAAGCCAACCUUUGGCCUCGUCUUUACCCAGCUCCUUGGUCUCCACCUCCUUUGCACGCGAGCUCCGCGUCCCAGCGGAGUUGCACCUUCUUCGCUCCGUGCUAUGACGGUCGUGGAGGUGCUGCUGGAUGAAAUAGGCUUCUGGGAAGGGGAAAGGGGGCGGAGAAAGAGGAGAGAACAGCGUUGGACGGUUGUGGUUUUUCACAAUGGUCGUGUUCUUAGUAUCUCCGGCGGUGAGAGAAAGAGAGAAAACCAGUCAUGA